AACAACGGUAGAGAAAGGUAACGAAGGCGACGAAGAGUAGUAGAGUUGGUGCGUGUGUCAAGAAGGGUUUCGGAUAUUCGGACGUGUUCCUGGUCGACAGGGCUGAAGAUGGACACCGUGUUUGCGCCCAGGGUUCGCUGCUACCUCAAGAACCUUCUCGAACACUCGAUGCAAAACCUGACAACACCGCACCCUAUCCGACUAGUCAGCGCUAGUCACGGGGGUCCGAAGGACGAAACCAAGCAGCUGUGCGACAGGUUCAAGAUAUCCCUGCCCUACGCUGGACAAACUGUGACAUGGGAAGUUAUAUUUCAAGCACACAAGCCAGAACUUCCGCCAGAUUUUAUCUUCGACGAUACGUCGUUCGUGCCAAACAUAGAGGAAGUGCCCAGUCUCUGCGAGUGGGACUCGGAGGACGACCAAGCACUGACGAACGUAAUCCAGGAGCUGUUGGAGCAGUACCGCAAACACCAGGCGUCAAUGCUGGAUGAUUCACCAAGGCUGCAGUUCGAGUACUCCUCCCUCGUCCACCAGUCCGACAUCCCCGAGUCAAACAUCCAGGUGCACCUCAACAAGAAGAAUCCUGGCAGUCCAGUCAGGUUCUGGAUCAGACUGCCGAUCGACUUCUCCAAACUGCCGCCCGUGUUUGCAAAGGAGAACCUCUCCGAGGACAUGGCCGUCCUGCAAGUGACCUUCCAAAGUCCGGAGGGAAGCCGCAUCCUGCCGCAGCUGUUUCUAUCUCCGCGAGUUGAGGCACUAGGGGGAUCACUGGCUGUUAAGCUACCAAGCUUCAACAAGGACAGCUGCCUCAUGGAUUACGUGCCACAGGUCAAGGAGCUUCUCGAAAAGAAGGUUGAACAAGUGUCAACGUCGUUUGCCAAGCGCAAGGAGUACGUGGCCGCUUUCCUCAACCUCUUUGGCAGGAACCUUUUGGAGUUUGAUGCCGAGGGAUUCGCGAGUUUGUCAUUCCUCUUCGAACACGACGACUUCUUUUUCAUCCUAAUCAUUGCCAUCCCACGGACGUUCCCACAAGACAAGCCAUCUCUGACGUUCCAGUCGGCGUACCACACCAGCUGUGGAUGGCCCUACAGCAUCACCUGCACUGACUACCCGUACAGCCCAAGGUGGGAGGCGUCCGAAAUGGCAGGACCGAGCAAGGUGCAGACCUUUGUGAUGGACUAUGUACCGAGUUUUCAAACCAGCUCUCUGAAGAACCGCUGA